AUGGAAAAAGAAGAAGAAAUCAGAAUUCAGUUUCUUGGAUUCUAUGGCAUUUUCAGGGAAUCCUUCACCAUUGCAUUCUUCUGCAGGAACAAACUUUUUGGCCAAAUCACUAUCGCCACCAUCUUCCCUUUAUCUCUCAUUUUCUUGCUCCGUGCACAAUUUUUUGAGUUCAUGGAAACUCUAAUUUCAUUGGAAAAAAUCGGGAUUUCGCUGAUCAAAAUCGCGUAUUUUAUAUUCUUCAUCGCCCUCUCCAUGCUGUCAACUUGUGUAGUUGUCUACGCGGUGGCAUGCAGUUACACGAAGAAAGCUGACAUCACAUUUGUCGAGGUUAUUAGUGUGGUGCCAAAGGUUUGGAGGAGAGUUACGGUUACUUUAAUAUGGAGUUUCAUCCUUGUCCUUGUGUACAAUAUGAUUGCAUUCUCGAUACUUUUACCAUGGUUAGCGUCGCUUAACCCUAGCAUGACCAAACCCGUAGUUUUGGGAUCUCUUUUUGCAAUAUACAUGAUGGGGUUUGUGUACAUCAGCAUCGUAUGGCAUUUGGCAAGCGUGGUUUCCGUUUUGGAGGAAGAUUGCGGGAUUGAAGCAAUGAUCAAGGGCAAGGCACUAGUGAAGGGCAAAACGGUCAUUUCCUUCGCCGUUUUCUUUUUCAUGAGCUCGUGUUUCGUUUUGAUUGAGAUGGUGUUCCAAAGGUUUGUGGUGCAUGGGGAGUCAUUUUGGAGCGAAAUUGGAUAUGGGAUUAUUUGUUUCUUCUUGUUAUCUGGAUUUACAUUAUUAGGUCUCGUGGUCCAAACCCUUGUCUACAUGGUUUGUAAAUUGAAUCAUCGCGAAAUUAUCGAUGAGUCGUGUUUAUUAGCGAAUCACCUCGAGGUUUAUUUAGGUGAUUAUGUUUCUUUGAGAUCCAAGGAUGUUCAACUAGAGCAAGUUUAUGUAAUUAAUUAG